AAAAUUUUAUUAAAAUAAAACCAUUUAAACUGGGUGUUCGGAUUUAUAUGUCACUUAGUAUAUGUACUAAUAAGAGCGUUGAAUACCAGACAUAACCGCUCCUAUCCCCCACAACCUCCAAAGCCCAAUUUUUAAACCUUAUUUUUUUUCCGAAAAUUAUCAGGAGCCUCUGAAAGUAUGUGUCUACGAGUACUAAUCAGACACCGUGAGCUGCGCCAAUCCGUCCCAAAUGAUUUUUUCUCUUGGCUUUGCAUGUUGUGGUUGUCCGUAGGUGGCAAACGAUCUUGGACUGUCUAUCGUGGAGGUACCACCCAGCGGAUCUCUAAGACGGGGCCGGGAUGUGAGCAUAUUGGAUGCACAUGUGUUGCAUCGCUAGAGUCCGUAUCGGUCAAAAGAUGUUAUUGUCGUAUACAUACAACAAAAAUAUCUCAUUUUUGAGAUUCUUCGCGAUUUCAUUACUUCAUCGCCAGUGGCGUACGAAUGACAAAUAACAGUAAAGUGCAAAUAACAAAUAUGUUAUCAUCUGAGAAUUUCCAAUAUUCAACCAACUUUUUUGACUAAUAGGCAUAGUGAUCAUACUUAAUUCUCUUACACUACAGAGUGUCAGUCAGCUGUGAGAACGUGUUUUCAAUAAAAUUCAGGUUUUCGUAUGAUUUGUAUAUGCGUUUCUCACCAUAAAUUAAUAUUGAGUGGGAUGAGAUGCUCAAUUGCUCAAAAAUUUUAUUUGUAGAAAUUCUAAGGAAUUAACGGAAUACCAAUUUUUCAACAAAAAAAAAUAAAUGUUGAUAAUCUCGAAAACUAUAAGACUUUUAAUAAGAAGUGACUUAUUCGCAGCUGCAGGAUUAUCCUUCACUUUUUUGACAACCUGUAUAUGUUUUUUUCUGGGUUAUAUUAGUUCCAUAAUUCCAGCAGCUUCCUUUAUUUGCUAUGUUGGUUAUAUUAAUAAUUUCAGGACAACUACAUCACCCUAUUGAAGGAGCUAAGAGCUACGCUUCAGCCUCGUGGCUACCUUUUGUCAGCUGCAGUGGCUGGAGGUAUUGAAAGGAUUAAUUCUGGAUACAAAGUAAAAGAAGUUUCAGAGUAAGUGCGAAUAGCUUCAUACCAAAAUAGUAAAAAGAGGAAACAAAAAUACGCAUUUUUUUAUAUCUACGCUGAAUCCAAAUAAAAUUGACUCUACCUUAUUUGACGCUUCGGCAUGAAUACCAACUGUUCCAAAACCGUUAUACCAUAUACGCUUCGAUUAGUAUCAUUUCGGAACUACAGCUCUCGAUUAUACUCAUUGUAGAAUUGGGGUAUCGGUACUGAUUACAAAUAAUUCUCAACUGCCCUACCUUAGUGCCAUUAAAGAAUACCUGGAGAUUUUAUAACAAUGAAAACGUCGCAAAGGGCUGAUGAUACUGAUAAUCGAUAUCUAAGGCAAUUUAAUUUAUUCUCACAACUGGUCCAUUUUCCACUCGCUUGCCAAAUUGACCCAUGUACUUAAAGGUACAAUCACAGUCUUUAAUAUAUUCCAAGUUUCAUUGAAAUAUGUAUUUCAUCGACCUUAGGGGUGUUUUUGAACACAAUUGAAUCAGUCUUUUAAAAAAGCACUUUUAUUUUUCCAACAUGCUUUCUGGAUAUUAAUGCAUGUAAGUCAAUACAUUCCUUAGAUUUCAAAGAAUACAUUUAGCCUAAAAGGUCCUCUAAAACUAGGGAGGCGCAAGUAAUAUACAUGACUUUGUAGCCUUCUUUUAGUACCAAAUAACUAUUGUUUUCAAAAACAUGAAUCUCACGGCUUCGUAGCUGUCUAGAAUGUAUAAAAGUAAACAGUAUCAGGUAAGACUUGUGUAAGUAAUAAAGUGGAUAUAGCGUUAUUUCGUGCAUGGAAGAGUUGUGUGAAAUGGGGAAGAGAUUACAAUUUCAUAAUACUAAGGUACUGCUACCAAGGUAUUUUCUGCUUGUGCAUUGCUAUGUGUCUAUGGGAUAGAAAGAUUGCUAUGCCAGCGGUCAAUAGCUCAACGGUUGAAGAGACCCAGAAUGGAGCGUUGGAUGUCCACAGCUCAAAUAGCGAUGUAAUUAGAAAAUUUUAGUAUUUUUAAAUGAACUUGAAUGAUAAAAAUUAUCCGUCUUUUCAGAAAUAAAGCUUUGUUGUUUAAUGUUAUUUAAUAGGCAAUUGCAAAGUGUACUUUUGCUAAUUAGCAAUUGCAUUAAUUACAAUAUUUGAAUAUUGUAAUUGGCGAUUAUUAGAAGAAGGUCAUUAAUACAUAUAGGUAUGUACCGCUCUUACAUCGCAAAGUUCUAUUAUCUUGUUGUCAACUUUCAGGCGCACAGUAAGUAACCGAGUCUCAAAAUCGCACUCUAACUGCAUAUUUCUCAGAACUUCACCGUUUUAUACGUAAUGUUCCAUGUAAAAUGAACGGCAUGAUAAUUUUUCAUAAUCAUUUAUAAAUAUAACCGACCCCUUCUGGACAGAAAAUUAAAUUUUCCCCUGUACUUACAUGUACCGCUCUCAAGUGACGGCAUAGUGCUAGAAGUUAUUUUUUCAUGUAGUACUAUCGUUCUGAGUAGGUUUCCUGCUGUAUCACAUGACCCCCCAUUUUUGCCCACAGCUAUUAUGGCAAAAUAUCACACUGGCCGGCAGGGCGACUGGGCCGCUACACUAUGAACCGUUGUUGUGGCAACGUUGUGCUCUGAAACGCGAUGAGUACGUGUGUUCAAGGGAUAGUGGGCAAGGCGUAUCAUUUUAUCAUGAAUUUGUUCAUUGCACUGCCACCUUGUGGAUUAUGGUCUUUCAGGGGACUUCUUGAUAUGAUAAACGUAAUGACAUAUGAUUAUCACGGAUAUUUUGAGAACUACGUAGGGCACGGUGCACCAUUGUACGCAUCACAUUACGACGUUGGACCAAUUAAUGUAACAUUGAACGUUGCAUCUGGAAUAGAGCACUGGCUAAAACUGGGCGCUGAUUCAACAAAAGUUAACCUGGGAGUAGCAACGUACGGAAGAAGUUUCACCUUAGCGGACCUCAAUAACAGAAAACCUUAUGCACCCAUCACAGGAGGUGGAUUAGCUGGACCUUACAUGAGGCAAGAAGGCUUCCUUGGAUAUAAUGAGAUCUGUGAACUGCACUCUGACUGGACAUACGAGUGGGACGAUGAAAUGAAAGUACCAUUCAGAUACAAAAGUGACCAACUGGUGGGAUAUGACGACGUUAGGUCCAUGACAGAAAAAGUCUUGUACGCCAAUUCAAAGAAGCUUGGAGGGAUUAUGCUUUGGUCCUUGGACACAGAUGAUUUCAGGGGACUAUGUGGUCGAGCGUAUCCUCUACUUAAGACUAUUAAGGAAAAUCUCAAGUGAAACAGCUUAUGAAAUGUAUACGGUUGAAGUUUUGUAUUAUGUAGUUUAAGUGGCUUUUAAAAAUAUACUAAAUCCUUAGUAAGCUGUCUUUUAGCAUCAUUUUCUAUGCAAUGCUGGCCAUAGACCUUUACUCUGGUCGAGUUCAAUGUGUGCGAGAGAAGCGUGCAAUGCGUAUGUUUGGAAGAGAGCUCCAGACAAGUAUAGUCACCAUGUUACCUGGUAACGACAGUGACGAACGUCACGGAGCGCUGUUUGGCGCACUCUUUCUAACAGACGUUUAGCACAAUUCCCCCUCUCUGUCUCUCUCUCUCGCGUACACAUUGAGAUCGAUCACGGAAAAGAUAUGUGGCCAGCAUUGUAUAGAAUCACAGAGGACUGAACGACCUGUACUCUGUAGUGGAGGAAUAAUAUUUUAUGUGUCUUGCCAGUAUUGUUUAUAUAGGUGCACCUAUUACAACGAGUCGAUAUCGAUG